UUCAUGUGAUCUGGUGACGCUUCCUGGAGUAUUUAUUUCGCGUUAUGAUUCAUUAGAGUCCUCAGUGAAAAUAUUUAUUUAGUAGAAAGCCCACGAUCCUCAUCGAAAUUUGUGAACGACCGCAUCGUCUAGGGUAUGGCGGACGGAGAGAGGUCCCCGUUGCUAUCAGAUAAUAUUAACGGGGCGAACGGGCUGUCCUCAAGAGAUGAGACCUACAGCGUACCGAAGAAAACCCACAGCUUCCCGGAGCCACCCGGGUUGCCAGGUGAGGCCCCGCCACCAUACUCCUUGUUGACCUCCCCUGAGAGCAGCAGUGCCCCGGUUAUCAGCUGCCGCGUUUGCCAAUCCCUUAUCAGCGUGGAGGGAAAGAUGCACCAGCACGUGGUCAAGUGUGGUGUCUGCAGCGAAGCCACGCCUAUAAAGAAUGCUCCUCCUGGGAAGAAAUAUGUGCGCUGUCCCUGCAACUGUCUCCUGAUCUGCAAGGUCACCUCACAGAGGAUUGCCUGCCCUCGGCCCCUGUGUAAGCGUAUUAUUAAUUUAGGUCCAGUGAAUCCAGGUGUAGGGAGUCCAACCCCCCAGCCUAGAGGAGCCAGGGUGUCCUGUGGCCACUGUGGAAAUACUUUUCUGUGGACAGAGUUUACAAACCAGAUGUUGGCCCGCUGUCCCCAUUGCCGAAAAGUCUCAUCGAUUGGUCAGAGAUACCCAAGGAGGCGGAGCUUGAUGUGGUUCGUCAUGUGUUUGAUUUUCACCAUUGCAACAGCUGGACUGAUGGCUGGUACGUGGUGGAAGGCACAGAAGUACCAGAGGCUCUACGUGCUCUGGGCAUUUUCCAUUCUCUUAGUUCUCAUCUGUCUGGCCAGGGCUUUACACUGGGCCUGCGUAAAGAUCAGCGAACCAUUGCACAACUAUGCCUAAACAGAGACAGAAAGACAGAGGGAAAGAUGAGCACAAGGUAGAACAUGAUUUUAUGACCAAGGAUGAUUGUUUGAUGGUUCGGAAUAACAGCAUGUUGUUGUAUUCAGCAACCCAUCUGUUAAAAUGGCUGAAAUUCAGUGACCCACUGACACCACCAUCUUCCACAUUCAUUUUAAAUAUGAUAUGCCAAAGCCUUUUAACCUAGUGAGUCGAGUGAUGUCAUGCAUUGUGGUUUUAGGCAGGAAUCUCAGCCUGUAGAACUGGCUUCCUCAUAAAUAGAAUUCUUUUUCACACCUCUGGUAGUUCUGCUAACCCUAUAUACAAGCUGCCCUCAGCCUACAGCAUUAUUGCCAAUUAAGUAUAGUAGUGGUUUGCUUUUCUCCAAAAUAUUAUUUAUUCCAUUUUUUAAAUUUGAAAUCCUUUCUUUCCACAGUCAAAUUGCUUGUUUUACUUUAAUAGACAGUUUUACAAUUCGUCUUGUUUGCUUGUUGGUACUGGCAGUGUGUUUUGUUCAGUGUGCAAGAUAAGUGUUGGCAGAACACACUAAAAAAAUCAUUACACCAAAGCACAAAUACCAACCCAUGUACAGUUGAGUGCAAAAGUGCAUCCACUUAUUUUGAAAUGACAAAAGGAGUAAGACAAAGAAAGUUGAAGGAACUGGAUAUUUAACUAAAGUUCAUAUUUUCCAAAUAUCACUUGUGUACUCAAAACUUAGAAACAUGUUCAAAAUGUAUGACAGAGAGAAUAUGAUAAUUUUAUCAGAUCAAAACUUUGCAUCACCCUUACAUGUGCUGUCCAAUUUUACAUUUUUUAAAUUUACAUUUAAGGCAUUUAGCUGAUGCUUUUAUCCAAAGCGACUUACAGU